UCGUUUUUUAAGUAAUCGUCUCCUUUUAUUCUGUCGGAGUAUCCGCGUUGUCGUUUCUCUAUCUGAAUGACUUCAUUACCCAUAACGCCUUGAUACUCGAAUUCAAGUCAUGUGAUUUAGCUUAUGACUGGAAGCAGGUUUCGACAACAAACAUCACUUUGCUGUCACGUAACAGCGGGUGUUUCUGAGACGAAACGAACCUUUAGCGGAGAUUUAACGGAUAUUUUUAAAAAUAUUUGUUAAAGUAUUAUAGCUGUUACCUUUGGAUAUAUCGCUAAAUAAUAUCACAAUGGCGGAAGUGGAGGAGCAGGUCAGACAUCCAAGUGAGGAAACCACAGAUGAGUCUGAGGAGGAGGACAGUGAGGAGGAGCCCAAGCUGAAGUAUGAGAGGCUUUCCAACGGGAUGACAGAAAUUCUCCAGAACGAUGCAGCCAGCUGUAUGACCGUCCAUGACAAGUUUCUUGCCUUAGGUACUCAUUUUGGAAAGGUCUUCCUGUUGGACAUCCAAGGAAAUAUUACUCAGAAGUUUGAGAUUAGUUCAGUGAAGAUCAACCAGAUCAGUCUGGAUGAAAGUGGAGAGUAUGUGGGCAUCUGCUCCGAGGAUGGGAAGGUUCAAGUAUUCGGCCUCUACACAAGAGAGGGCUUCCACGAGAACUUUGACUGUCCCAUCAAAGUGGUCGCAUUACACCCUCAGUUCACCAGAUCCAACUAUAAGCAGUUUGUCACCGGGGGCAACAAGCUCCUUCUGUAUGAGAGAAACUGGCUGAAUCGCUGGAAGACUUCAGUUCUACAUGAGGGCGAGGGAACAAUCACUAAUAUCAAAUGGAGAGCUAACCUGAUUGCAUGGGCCAACAAUGUGGGAGUAAAAAUAUAUGACAUCAGCACAAAGCAGAGGAUCACCAAUGUGUUGAGGGAUAAUGUGAGUUUGAGGCCCGACAUGUACCCGUGCAGCCUGUGCUGGAAGGACAACACCACUCUCAUUGUCGGCUGGGGUUCUUCCAUUAAGAUUUGUGUUGUGAAAGAGCGAAAUCCAACUGAAAUGAGAGACCUGCCCAGCCGCUAUGUGGAAAUAGUUUCUGCUUUUGAGACUGAGUUUUUCAUCUGUGGGUUGGCACCACUGGCAGAUCAGCUGGUCACUCUGUUCUUUGUGAAGGAAAACUCUGAUCAAAUGGAUGAGGAGUUAUGUGCGCGGCCUCGUCUCGACAUCAUCCAGCCUCUCCCCGAGAGCUGUGAGGAGAUCUCUUCAGACGCGCUGACGGUGCGCAACUUCCAGGACAAUGAGUGCAGAGACUACCGCCUCGAGCAUUCAGAGGGAGAGUCACUCUUCUAUAUCAUCAGUCCCAAAGACAUCGUUGUGGCAAAGGAGCGAGACCAGGACGACCAUAUUGAUUGGCUGGUCCAAAAGAAGAAAUACGAGGAGGCACUGAUGGCCGCGGAGAUUAGCUUCAAAAACAUUAAGAGGCACGACGUUCAGAAGAUUGGAAUGGAAUACAUCAACCACUUGGUGAACACGAGAGACUAUGACAGCGCUGCGAGAAAGUGUGUAAAGGUCCUGGGGAAAAACAUGGAACUGUGGGAGAAUGAAGUGUACAGGUUCAAGACCAUUGGACAGCUCAAGGCCAUCAGUCAGUAUUUGCCAAGAGGAGAUCUGCGUCUCAGGCCGGCCAUUUAUGAAAUGAUCCUUCAUGAAUUCCUGAAAACUGACUAUGAGGGUUUUGCCACCCUGAUCCGGGAAUGGCCGGGAGAUCUUUAUAAUAACAUGGCCAUCGUUCAGGCUGUCACCGAUCACCUGAAGAGGGAUCCCACCAACAGCACGCUGCUCACCACGUUGGCUGAGUUGUACACCUACGACCAGCGAUACGACAGAGCCUUAGAAAUCUACCUGAGACUGAGGCACAAAGAUGUUUACCAGCUGAUCCACAAACACAACCUUUUCUCUUCCAUCGAGGACAAGAUCGUACUCCUCAUGGACUUUGACAAAGAGAAAGCUGUUGACAUGCUUCUCGAUAAUGAAGACAAGAUAUCAAUAGACAAGGUGGUGGAAGAACUAGCAGACAGGCCUGAACUUCUGCAUGUGUACCUCCACAAACUGUUCAAACGGGACCACCACAAAGGCCAGAAGUACCACGAGAGACAGAUAGGCCUAUAUGCCGAAUACGACCGGCCAAAUCUGCUACCUUUCCUGAGAGAUAGCACCCACUGCCCUCUUGAAAAGGCUCUUGAGAUUUGCCAGCAGAGAAACUUUGUGGAGGAGACAGUUUUCCUGCUCAGCAGGAUGGGAAACUGUAGACGAGCCUUGCAGAUGAUCAUGGAGGAGCUGGCAGAUGUUGACAAAGCCAUAGAGUUUGCUAAAGACCAGGAUGACGCAGAGCUGUGGGAUGAUCUCAUCUCUUACUCUAUUGACAAACCACCAUUCAUCACCGGUCUCCUCAAUAAUAUCGGCACUCAUGUUGAUCCUAUUCUGCUCAUCCGACGCAUAAAGGAAGGCAUGGAGAUCCCAAACCUCAGAGAUUCCCUCGUUAAAAUCCUUCAUGACUACAAUCUACAGAUUCUUUUAAGGGAAGGCUGCAAAAAGAUCCUGGUGGCCGACUCCCUCUCCCUGCUCCAGAAGAUGCAUCGAACACAGAUGAGAGGCGUCAGGGUUGAUGAGGAGAACAUUUGUGAGUCAUGUCAUGCUACAAUUUUACCCUCAGACAUGGCCAAAACCUUCAACGUGGUGGUGUUCCACUGCAGGCACAUGUUUCAUAAGGAGUGUUUGCCAUCUUCAGGAACAAUUCCCGGGUUGCAGUUUUGUAACAUCUGCAGUGCGAAGAGACGAGGGCCGGGAAGCGGAAUACUUGAGAUGAAAAAGUAAUAAACGGUGUACUUAGAGUCUUAUUACUGAACUCUCAUGUCAACUCAGCGCAUUGGUGAAUAAAUAUUACUUCCCUUCAGUCACUCUACUCUAAACUUGCAAAAAUCAUAAAUAUUUAUGUUUGACUGUCUCUGUACAUUUACGUCUGCUUGCUUCUGUUGUGUGUGUGAUAACCUGUAUGAAAAUUAAAAUGGAAUUAAAGCA